GGGGAACCAAUGAGAGAAAUGUACAGAGAAGUACAUGUCCGGGAACUGGGCUCAAUUUCACUUUGAGGCUUAUCAUGACUUCUCAUGCCUCGCCAAACACGAAAAAGGACUUUGCUGAAUCCGCAAAAAUCUCAGCUGUUGUUUGUAGAGCAACCCCGAAAUGGACCGAGGCAUUGCUAUGGACAGCAGUUACGAAGUGCCAUUAAUCCGAUGACUUUUGUAUCAGAAGGACCACGGCAAAGCAUCGCGGUUUCUUCUUGGGUGUCUCCACAGUUUACCUCACUCGAAGACACAGCAGUCAGGCGAGGAGGACGUGGGAGGAAGAAGAAUCGGCUCCCCGCAAACACGAUAAACACAGCGUCUAUUUUGUCUUUGCCUCAAGUUAGAAGAAAUACUGCUUGCAAAUAUUCUGCUUUGACAUUUGAGACAAGCACAUCAAUUCCACAGAGACAAAGGCAGCACAAAGCUCUCUGCAAAAAGACUGCUUCAUGUGCUGGGGAAACUCAAAAAGCUCAAAGCAUAAGGCUUUCUCAAAGUUAUAGUGACAAAACUGUUUCUCCAAACAAUCAGAAUGAGGUUCCUGCAGAGGGUCCAAGACAGACUCCUUUAAUCACCACAAGAAGACAGAUAACAGCUACAUCAGAAGCUACAGUAACUCAUUUUAGGACCUCAGAGAUGGUGAAAACACCUCUUGCUUUCACAGUUGGAAAACGGAGGACUGCAGGCUUUGUUCACACACCUUCAUCAAAAGGGAACUACACACCUGACACAAGUACUGUUUUUACCCCUCCUCAUAUAGAGACUCCGGAAAUGGCACACAGUGAACACUGCCGUUCAUCAUCUGUUCUCCACCUCCUCUUUUCUCCAAGUCAGUCAAAGACUCCUCCAAGAACUCAAAGCUUGGGCCUGUUAGUGAAAGACACACCAGAGAGAGACUAUGGUUUGAAAGUAACUUGGAGAAGGAGGAAAAAUCUAAUGAAAUUACUUACAGAAAGAGGUCAGCUCUUGGUUAGUGAGGCAAUGAUCAGCAAUCAGUGAUUAUAAACUGUGAUUAAUAAAUAAAUUUUUUUUUGUUUAUUAUGACACACUGUGUAAGAUCACAUUUGCACUUUUUUAACAAUGAAUUAUUCUACAUAUAAAAAAAGUGAUCAGGAGUGUUUAUUUUAUGGGUGUUGAGCUAAAGGUAAAAAUUGUGUUUGUUACUAGUAAUUCUGGAAUACAUCAAUUUGUGGUUUAAAAUAUUUCAGUGAUAAAAGCCACAAUCUUAUCAACUGUUAGUUUUAAAGUUGGCAACAACAGAGGUGUUACUCCUGCAGCACUUAAAACACUAAAAUAUGCAAUAUAGAGGUUUACUGUCCUUCAUACAGUACGAAGCAUUUGAAUUGGAACAAUGAGGUGAAACUUCCUAUUUUUAAUUGUAUUUUCUUGAUAUCUGUUCCAGAUGAAAACAUUGUCAGAUGUCAGAUUUUAUAAACUUCAGACACUGGAGACUUAAGUUAAUACAGAUGAUCGCAAAAAAACUUGGU